CAUACCGCUGCCAUUUGAAACAUGCAGUGACAGACCGCCGUGAUAAGGAUCUGUGUAGAUAGAAAGGGUUAGAGAGGGAGAGGUCGUUAGAAAAGGUUGAAUAGCCACGAAGAAAGAGAAGAAUUUCUGAGAGACUAAAAGGCAACACUCAGGACGGGGAAAGUAACGGAACUCGAGCAAAUCGGAAAUAAAAGUGCAAAGACAGGGUCAGACCUUUUCUAAAUCAAGAUAACAAAUUACCUGAGCACCCCAGCAUUAAAUUGUACCUAUAAAUAUUGCGGUUUUAAUAUUUGAAUAAUAAUUCCCGUGCAAACUAGCCUGAAACAUGGAUCGCAAAAUUCCUGAUUUCGCUGGAACUUGGAAAAUGAAAAGUUCUGAGAACUUCGAUGAACUUCUGAAAGCAUUGGGGGUGAACAUGAUGCUGAGGAAGAUCGCGGUGGCCGCGGCGUCCAAACCCUCGGUGGAAAUCACCCAGGACGGGGAGACCAUGUCCAUACGCACCUCCACCUCCAUCCGCACCACCAACGUCUCCUUCACCGUGGGGGAGCCCUUCAGCGAGAGCACCGUGGACGGCCGCCCCUGCACGAGUUAUCCCCGCUGGGAGACUGAAAACAAGAUCAGCUGUGAGCAGGUCCUGCAGAAGGGGGAAGGCCCCAAGACUUCAUGGACCCGCGAGAUAACCAAUGACGGCGAGCUCAUCCUGACGAUGAGUGCCAACGAGGUGGUGUGCACCCGGGUCUACUUACGGGAGUGACGGACAGAACCCCCGCCCCGAGCGUCCUCCUUUCUCCUUCUCUUCGAGUCACUUCGCCUGUCGGGGGCUGAGUACAACUGCCUGCUAUUGGCUAUUCUUAGCUUUUAACUUAAGCGUGUCGUCCAGUCGGGGAGAUGGUGCUUCAGAGUGUCAGUCAGUUUGUAUUGUGUAUCAGAGUGGUUAGUCUUUAUGUGUAAGAGUUAGGCCUUCAGCAUGUCAGUCAGUCAGUCAAUCAGUCAGAGUCAGAGUGUCAGGCAUUGUGUAAGUGCCGCGAUGCUGGUGUUGUUAGAUCUGUUCUGUGCCCGUGAGCCAGUCAGUGUAAGAGCUCUUCCUCAGUGUGCCAGUCGGUUAGGCUUUUUGUGUCAGUGUCUCUGUGUUCUGCUCUUUUGAAAAUUGUAUAUUUAUACCAUACUAGAGUACGGUUUCUACUUUGCAUUUCUUUUAUAUAAAAUGUGGUCUUAGAAUGUAAGUUCCAUGAGAAAACAAUAAAGUGUGAUGCAGA